GGUAUUGCAAUGAGUUGUAGGAAGUACGUACGGCGUACCUGACCGUAAUUCACCAGGACUCCCAUGGACAGCGAAAGCACUGACAUGGAAUAGUUUGUGAUUGUAGCCGUUUCGUAAUCGCUUCCAGGUUUUCGUUUCUGAAUCCACACUCGUACUAGUAUUUUCAGAUGAUCUGUUGACUGUGUUAUUUGUUGUUUCACUGUGCAUGGAACUCAGAUUGCAGAUUGUGCCAGUUAUCAAUCCGUUAUGAAUUAGAUGAACUUGUUUUUCUUUUUUCCAUUUUCAAGACUGCGUGCGCUUUUCGGAGAAAGUGAGAUCUCUUCGCAAUUUUUACCAUCUAAACUGCUACUUUCGCCUGAAAUACCUCCUUAUUUCGUGCUGGAAUAGGACGGUCGCUUGAUCACCGAGAAUCUGCAAAACUGACGUAGGGCCGUUUUGCUCUCCACUUGGAACGAAAGAUAGUACAGAAAUGGAAGUUAUACAGAACUUGAGGAAUCAAAUCCAAGAUGUGGUCCAAAAUGCCAUAAAACUCCCGACCACUCCUAUCCGUUUACGCGAUCUGAUUCGUCAAGUGCGAGCUGCGAGAACCGGAGCGGAUGAACGCUCUGUGGUCAAUCGGGAAUGUGCGGAUAUUCGGAAUUAUUUUCGUGAAGAGGAUUCCACCUGGCGUUGUCGGAAUGUGGCUAAGCUUUUAUACAUUCAUAUGUUGGGCUAUCCUGCUCAUUUCGGUCAGCUUGAAUGCCUGAAGCUGAUUGCCAGCCACCGAUUUACGGAUAAACGGAUUGGAUAUCUUGGCGCUAUGCUCCUACUGGAUGAACAGCAUGAAGUGCAUUUGUUGAUUACUAAUUGUCUGAAAAAUGAUCUUAACAACACAAAUCAGUAUGUUGCUGGACUGGCGCUGUGCGCUCUUGGUGAAAUUUGUUCUGCGGAGAUGUGCCGGGAUUUGUCAGGAGAAAUAGAGAAACUGUUGAAAUCAAAUAACAGUUACUUAAGGAAAAAGGCGGUGCUUUGCGCCUUUCGAAUGAUUCAAAAAAUUCCCAGUACGAUGGAAACUUUCAUUCCUUCGAUGCGAGCACUUUUGACAGAGAAAAACCAUGGUGUUCUGCUUACCGGUGUCGUUCUGAUGAAAGAGAUGUGUGAAUUGAACCAUGAUGCCCUUGUGGGUUUCAAGAAACUUGUUCCCAAUUUGGUGCGAGUUUUCAAAAAUUUAAUCAUGUCUGGAUACAGUCCAGAUCACGAUGUGACAGGAAUCAGCGAUCCAUUCCUUCAGGUGAAAAUCCUGUGUCUGUUGAAAGUUCUGGGUAGGAGUGAUGCAGAGACAAGUGAUAUGAUGAAUGAUAUAUUAGCUCAGGUCGCGACCAACACCGAUGGAAGCCGAAACGUCGGCAAUGCCAUUUUAUACGAAACUGUAUUAACCAUCAUGGAUGUGAAAUCCGAAAGCGGCUUACGCGUUCUGGCAGUGAAUAUUUUAGGCCGAUUUUUAAUGAACCCUGAUAAAAAUAUCAGAUAUGUUGCUCUGAAUACUCUGCUGAAGACCGUCCACAUUGAUAACACCGCGGUACAGCGGCAUCGCUCCACUGUGCUGGAUUGUUUGAAAGAUCCCGACGUGUCUAUCCGGCGCCGCGCCAUGGAACUGUCUUUUGCCUUAACGAAUGCAACGAACGUGCGAUCAAUGGCUAAGGAGCUUCUGUUGUUCCUUGAGACAGCUGAUAACGAAUUUAAAGCACCCUGCGCCUCUAGCCUUUUUAUUACAUGCGAAAAGUAUGCCCCCAAUCGGACAUGGCAGAUCGAUACCAUGAUACGGGCUUCGAGUUUGAGUGGAAAUUAUGUUCCUGAUCAUGUUGUGGCCAGUCUGAUUCAGUUAAUUGGUGAAUGCACGGAGCAGCAAGUGUACGCCGUUCAGGAACUGUAUCGCCAGAUACUGAGUCCGGACUUCGACACAAAGCAACCGCUCAUGCAGGUAGCCUGUUGGACGAUUGGGGAAUUCGGUGAUGUUCUCGUCGCGGCAUCCGGACAGGUAGAAGAAGGCCGCGAACCUUUGCACGUCACAGAGAACGAUGUGAUCUCCGCCCUGGAACAAAUUUUGCGCAGUAAACACACUUGGCUGGUGACGCGGGAAUACGCUGUGAAUGCACUAAUGAAAUUAUCUACGCGACUUGCUGGCUACGCUGGGCAAAUACAGCAGAUAGUCGAACCAAUGGCUACCAAUGUUUCCAUUGAAAUCCAGCAACGAGCCAGUGAAUAUUCACAGCUCUUCGACCGGCCUCAGCAAUUUCGUUUCGGUAUUUUGGAACGGAUGCCUAUCGUUAAACGAGGCAGUGCAGCCGACAUGUCGCUCAUGAACGGGGAAGAAAAUGGCUUGACUGUUCCUCAUGCUGAUGAUACAGAUGAUUUGCUAGGAUUUUCCGGUCGCAAGACGGAAGUCCGGGGUUCGGGAAGGAAACAACGGCCCAAACAUUCUGACAGCUUGCUGGGAAUUUUGGAUGACAUUAGCAUUCUGGCAUCUGAUCCUCUACCAGACUCAGCUGUUCAGCACACUGAACGUCCAGUGGCAUCUUCGCAGGAUAUUUUAGAUUUGUUGGACCUCGGCAAUACAUCGGCGCCAUCGCCGAAGGUCGCUGCUCCAGCGGCCACGAUCGGUGUGUCCGCGUUAGGAGGUCUGGAUGAUUUGUUUUUAGGCAGCAAUGGUGAUAGUUCCGCAGCGGGGUCGACGUUUACGGUGUACCACAAAAACGGACUGCGCAUUGAUUUCAAUACGCAACAUUCCAUGGAGCCACACGCCAUCGAUGUGACGGUCAAGGCUUAUAAUGCUUUGUCAGAGCAAAUGCAGGAUUUCGUUUUCCAAGCAGCUGUGCCCAAGGCGUUGCAGCUAAUAAUCUCGCCGCCCUCUGGAAAUAUCAUUUUACCGGAUCCAUCGUCUCCCUUAACACAGAAGAUUAAACUGAAAAACCCUUCGAAUAAGAGCGUUCCCCUGAAGAUGCGAAUCCGCGUAAGCUAUAAGUUAUCCUCCGGAGUGGUCCAGGAUCAGUCUGAGGUCUCCAGUUUCCCGAACCUUGAAAACUUGUAAAAGUUAUUUUUGUUGUUUUGAAUCGUUUUUAUGGAGUUAUUUAAUAUUGUGCAUUCUGUGUUGAAAGCCUCUUUUUCACUCCCGUACUGAGACCGGUUUGUCGUGUGUUUCGAGCAGUUUGUGCUGUAAUAUUUAUUAAUCAAGUGCGUGGUAUAUAAUACAUUAAAAAUAUAUAUCAAG